ACAGUCACGAGCUCAGUGUCGCUGUGUUUUCUGUCGGUGUGUGUCAGUGUGUGUGUUCUGUGAUGGCGGGCCUCACACUCUCUUCAGACUGUUAGUGUGACUGACUUCUCCCUCCACAAUGAUUCUUUCUGGGGCUCUCGUGCUGUUAGUGAGCGUGUCGCUGUCGUCCACGGUGAGAGUGUUGACGUCACCUCCACUCAACUGCACGCGGCAGGCUUUGACAUGCAAAGUCACCCACAGUAACUGUAUGGACAGUAAAUGGCUGGAUGCUAGUAAGUACACUCCCAGCAGUCCAGAGGACUUGUUGGUGUCUGUGGGCACCAGGCAGGAUGAGAGAGGACACCUGCAGCCCGUCCUGCUUGCCAACUGGAAGAUAAAGGACGAUGGCAGUAUUAGUUACCUGAAGGCCACCGAGCUGCACGUUUUAGUGAUGUCCACCAAUCAGAACCUGUGUGUUCGAUACUCUUUCAAAGACACACUCCCAAUGAGGAGUCCAUCAGGGGACAAGUGGUCAUUCUCAGCUGACAUGCUCGUGUUGGACCCUGGUGAGAGAUACCGUGUGUCUGUCUUCAACAUCCCCAAACCAGAGCUAGGACACAGCUACUAUGAUGUCAGCCAUGAAGUUCUUGUUCCUGAUUGUCCAGACCCCACAAUGCAGAGGACGCAGUUCUGCAUAGAGAGAGGAAGUCUGUGGCAGCCGAACAUCACUGUGUCUAACAUCUCUGUCAAUACAAGAGCUGCACUGUGUGUAAGCUUCAGUCCUGACACGCACUGUGAGGAGUACUUGGUUAUUGUUCAGUGCUCCCGUAUCCCACAAGUGCAGCGUAUAUACAAGACUAAUCAGAGGACACUGAAUGCAACAUUCAUCCUGGAUAAAUGGCCACGACACUGCUGCCAGUUUGAUGUUGAGAUCAAACCUAUCUUCCCGCGAUGUGACCAAGACUGUGUGCGUCGGAAGAGAACUCUGAAUAUUUGUCCAGCUGUGGUAUUAGUAGAGGGCCCCAAUGUGCGCUUGUACCUAUUUGCCAUCUUGGGAGCGGUGUUUAUGUGUGCAGUGAUGGCAGUUAUUAUGUAUGUCAUCUGCAGGAAGCCAGGCAAACUUGAUGUUACUCCAGCACCUAUGGGUGGUGAUGAAAUACAGCACAAGGAGAAGCUUAAACAACCCCCCAAAGUGCUGGUCAUCUACUCCCAGGACCACCACUUUUACAGGGACAUAGUGCUGAAGCUCUGCGCCUUCCUCCAGGCCAAAUGUGGCACCAAGGUGCUGGUGGACCUGUUGGACUCCACCUCAGUCGGCAUGGUGGGUCGCCUUCGAUGGCUCGAGUGGCAACGGCAGCAACUUAAAAAUCCCAUGGACAAAAUCCUGGUGCUGUGUUCGCGUGGCGUUCAGGCAAAGUGGAGGGCCAUGUGUGGCCAGGGCCGGGUUACACUGAGGGAAGACAUUCUCUCCCCUACCGAUGACAUGCUCACUCCCUUUCUCAACCUCUUCCUACCAGAUAUGCACCAGGCAGGCAUGCUGGGAAAGUACAUGGUAGCUUACUUCGAUGACAUCAGCAGUGAACAAGACGUGCCAUCAGUUUUUGACAUAGCAGUGAAAUACAAGUUGAUGAAGCACUUUGAAGAGCUGUACUUCCGCCUCCUAGACAUUGAGAAGUAUCAGCCAGGUCAGGUCAGCCACAUCGAGGGCAUUGGUGGAGAUGAAUAUUUCAAGUGUCCCUCAGGUCGAGCCCUGAAGAAUGCCAUCAAAACCUUCCAGGUCUACCAGUUGGAAAACCCUGACUGGUUUGAGAAAGAGUGUGUGGACAGUGAGGAAGAGGUCAUAACGGAGGCCAGUGCGCUCAUUGACCAGCUGCAGCUCCCUCCAGUCCUUGAAUGUGUUCCUGUAAUCAGAGAUGGGCUUCCUGUCUACACCCAAGGGGUAGAAAUCCACGAAAAUGGCAACAGUAUUCAUGUCCUUACACCUGAACUGAACACAGAUCGUGAGAUGUCGUCAGUGGCAGAAAUUACACCAGUAGUGAACCCUGGGUACAAACAUGAGUAUCCUUUAAACCUGGAUGAAGUGUUGGCAGAUGACAUGUAUCCUUACAGCCCCACUCCACAAUCUGUCUACUUUUGUGAGCCUGUUUUGUACAAGCCACCAUCAGCAAGACAGAACUGGCUGUCCCUUAAGAUAGAACCUUUGGGUCAACUUCCCACUGAGGACAAAGAAGAGGAUUCCCUUCUACCCAUGAGCCAACUCUUUACUCAUUCAGACCAGAGAGGCUUGGCCCCACACAACUCCAUGAACUCAAACCCUCCAGAAUCCUCAAGUGCCAGCAUGCAGAGUGAAUAUUUACCUCCAUCUGAAAUUAACCACUCUCAGCCUGUGGAGAUGGAGGAGUAUGAGGUUCUGGAGCUGAGUGGAAAGGGUCAGAGCAGUGGAUCUGAUCAAGGCUACAUUUCCAAAAUGUCUUCCCAGCCUGAAUGCCCUUUGAAAGAGGAUCCACUGGUGGCUUUGAGGAGGCUCCAGGAGGAGCUGUUUGAGAGGAAUCUCAGAUACUGUGACAUGGAUCCUGAAGCAGACUGAUGCUCACUGUCCACCUCCAGCAACCUUCUGACUUUAACCAACAUAUUCUGGAAUAAUAAAAAAAAGAGGUGCAGACACUGUAUGAGGACAGCACUUCUGUUGUAACCCACAUAUUAUUAUUAUUAUUAUUAUUAUUAUUAUUAUUAUUAUUAUUAUCACCAUGAUCAAGACAAAGUAGACUUGGUGACCACAUGCAAUAUACAAUGUUUAUAUAUAUAUAUAUAUAUAUAUAUAUACACAUACACAAUGUACAUUUUAACAGGUUGUGUGACUCCUUUGCACUCUGUCUCCUCUGUCUCCUUUCUGCAGCUGAAUUAACUCUUGGUUCAUCACUCAGACAAGAGCUUGAAAAACUGCAUUAGCAACCAGGCAAAGCAGAAACUGCCAAGAGGCCCCUGAUCCUCAGGGAGCCCAGGGGGUUGCAGACAAGCUCAGGUUCAACUUAGCACUAACUAAAACUUGAACUGAAAUGAUAGUAGCUGUAAAGCAACUCCUGCUGUCUUGUAGAGGGUCCCUGAGAGAAUCAAGUCAAAAUCUGGUUUGCAAAUUGUAUUAUCUUAGUCUAUGUUGUGCUUAUUUUACUUAUUUUAUGAAAUACCUUUGUUCUUAAUCAAAUCAGCACUAACACACACAGUACAUAGGAACUGAGAGAAACAAAUGAGUCAUUAAAGGUCUAGAGAUUUGGGGUCUGUGCUGGGUUCAUCUGGCUUUAGGUAGUUGCUUGCUCAACCUGUGUGAUUGUUGAACAUUGUUGUUAUUGAAUGUAGAAAGAAGCCCUGCUCUUUGAUUCUGAACUGAAAUAUCUUAUUGUUUCCUGCUGUUAAUCUGCACACAGGUAAAAGAGAGGUGAUGUGUUUAAAGUGGUCAGAUAUAUUCCAGGAAUGUCUAACGUUUUUAUCAGUGUAUCAGUUUGAGUAAUGAUUACAUUUUCUCUGACAAUGAAGGUGUUUGUUCAGUAAUGGGUCUAACGAAUCAAUAAUAAAUAACCACUUUGUACAGUA